AUGGACAUGAUGGGGAAGAAAGAACGCAGGGGCUGGGACUUCAAAGGCUUGCUGAAGAGGAACUGGCUGCUUAUUGCGACCAUUGUGUCGGUGCUGUUAGGGAUAGGUCUUGGGGUGGUGGUCAGGGAAUAUGCCUCCCUCUCCCACCUUCAUAAGCAGUAUUUUGGCUUCCCGGGAGAGAUCCUGAUGCGGAUGCUCAAGCUGGUCAUCCUGCCCCUCAUCAUCUCCAGCAUGAUAACAGGAGUCGCCGCCCUGGAUUCGGAAGUUUCUGGAAAGAUAGGUUUGAGGGCUGUGGUGUAUUACUUCUCCACCACCAUCAUCGCAGUCAUUCUGGGUAUUGUAUUGGUGAUGACCAUCAAACCUGGUGUCUCUCAGGAGGCCGAACAUAUCGACAGGACAGGGAUCACACCAAACGUCACCACUGUCGACACUCUACUGGAUCUUGUCAGAAACAUGUUUCCUGAAAACCUACUGCAGGCUUGUUUCCAACAGUACAAGACAAAGCGCAAAGAGCUGGAACCACCUAAAGUGAAGGGGAACACUACAAUUACAAUGUUCCCUCCUCUCUCUACCGCUGUCAUGGCAACCAUUUUCCCCCCAGAGAACAUCACCAAGGACUAUAAGAUAGUCGGGUCAUAUUCUGAUGGGAUCAACGUGCUGGGCCUCAUCGUGUUUUGUGUGGCGUUCGGCCUUGUCAUCGGCAAGAUGGGCGAAAGGGGACGCAUUCUGCUGGAAUUCUUUGACGCUUUAAACGAGGCCACCAUGAGGCUAGUCCAGAUUAUCAUGUGCUACAUGCCAGUGGGGAUACUCUUCCUCAUAGCUGCCAAGAUCAUCGAGGUAGAAGACUGGGAGAUCUUCAGAAAGAUGGGCCUGUACAUGGUGACAGUGCUGAGUGGCCUAGCUAUCCACUCCACCAUUUGUCUGCCGCUGAUCUACUUUGCCAUUGUGAGGAAGAACCCAUAUACCUUUACCUUAGGGAUGGCCCAGGCACUGGUCACUGCUCUUAUGAUCUCUUCCAGCUCUGCCACCCUGCCGGUCACCUUCCGCUGUGCCGAAGAGAACCUCCGGAUCGACAAGAGGAUCACCCGCUUCGUGCUGCCUGUGGGUGCCACUAUCAACAUGGAUGGCACGGCUCUCUACGAGGCGGUUGCUGCAAUCUUCAUUGCCCAGCUCAACGACUACUCUCUGGAUGUGGGUCAGAUUGUCACCAUCAGUAUAACAGCAACAGUAGCCAGCAUCGGAGCUGCCGGUGUGCCUAACGCUGGACUUGUCACCAUGGUGAUUGUGCUGACUGCCGUUGGACUACCUGCAAAUGAUGUCACUUUAAUUGUUGCUGUGGAUUGGCUACUAGACCGCUUCCGCACCAUGAUCAACGUGCUGGGGGAUGCCUACGGAGCUGGCAUCGUCCAGAAGCUGUCCAGGCGGGAGCUGGAGAGGAUGGACGUCACCUCGGACGUGGACGUGACCAACCCCUUCGUCCUGGAGACCACGCUGGACGACGAGGAGUGUGAGAAAAAGUCUUAUGUCAACGGCGGCUUCACCAUCGACAAGACCGACGCCAUCUCCUUCACCGAGACUUCACAGUUUUAG